GCUUUUGCUGCUACUCCCUCCGCCUAGCCAAGGGGAGGCGUAGACGAGGGAAGCGCGUAUCCUUUCCUCCCCGCUCUUGUCUCUCGCCCAGGUGCAGGCUCGUGCAGCCUCCUCCUUCGCUUGCAUGUCUGGUUCGGGUGCAAGGAUGUCGCGAGCCGCCGCCGCCGCCCCUCUUAUCUGGCCGCCGCCGGCGCUGCUGCUGCUCCUGGCCUUCGGUCCCUGUGUCUGGGUCGGCGCUGGGGUGGCCGCCAGCCGUAUCAGCGGGGCGCGGAAGCCCAACGUGGUGCUCAUCCUCACGGACGACCAAGACUCCUACCUGGGCGGAAUGACACCACUGAAAAAGACCAAUGCUCUGAUUGCAGAAAGGGGGAUAACCUUCUCAAAUGCAUAUGUACCCAGUGCACUGUGCUGUCCCAGUAGAGCCAGCAUCUUGACAGGAAAAUACCCACAUAAUCACCAUGUUGUAAAUAACACUUUGGAGGGAAAUUGCAGCAGCAAGUCUUGGCAGAAGAUUCAGGAACCAUAUACCUUUCCAGCUAUCCUCAAGUCUAUGUGCGGCUAUCAAACAUUUUUUGCUGGGAAGUAUUUGAAUGAGUAUGGAGCAGAAGAUGCAGGGGGAAUCAACCAUGUUCCACCAGGAUGGAGCUUUUGGUAUGCCUUGGAAAAAAAUUCCAAAUAUUAUAAUUACACACUUUCAAUAAAUGGAAAAGCAAGGAGGCAUGGUGAGAACUACAGUGUGGAUUAUCUGACAGAUGUACUGGCCAACAUGUCCUUGGAUUUUCUGGAAUAUAAAUCUAACUUUGAGCCAUUCUUUAUGAUGAUAGCAACUCCAGCACCACAUUCACCUUGGGUAGCUGCACCUCAGUACAAGAAUAGCUUCCAAAAUGUCAGUGCUCCAAGAAACAGUAAUUUCAAUAUCCACGGAAAGGACAAGCAUUGGCUUAUCAGGCAGGCGAAGACUCCAAUGACUAAUUCCUCAAUACAAUUUCUAGAUGAUGCUUUUAGGAAAAGAUGGCAAACACUUCUGUCAGUGGAUGAUCUGAUAGAAAAACUUGUGAAGAGGCUGGAAUUUCAUGGAGAGCUUGAUGAUACAUACAUUUUUUACACAUCAGAUAAUGGCUUUCAUACAGGUCAAUUUUCUUUGCCAAUUGACAAGCGGCAACUAUAUGAAUUUGACAUUAAAGUUCCAUUGCUGGUUAGAGGGCCAGGAAUCAAACCAAACCAGACUAACAAGAUGCUUGUGGCAAACAUCGAUUUGGGUCCUACUAUUUUAGAUAUUGCAGGCUAUGAUCUGAACAAAACACAAAUGGAUGGGAUGUCAUUACUACCACUGCUGAGAGGAGACAUAAACGUGACCUGGAGAUCAGAUGUGUUGGUUGAAUAUCAGGGAGAAGGACACAACAGUAGUGACCCUACCUGUCCUGCCCUUGGGCCUGGUGUCACGCAUUGUUUUCCAGAUUGUGUUUGUGAGGAUGCAUAUAACAACACAUAUGCAUGUGUAAGAACAAUGUCUACUUCAUGGGAUCUACAGUACUGUGAAUUUGAUGAUCGUGAGGUGUUUGUCGAAGUUUACAAUCUGACUGCAGAUCCGCACCAGAUCACCAAUAUUGCAAAAACAAUUGAUCAAGAAAUCUUAGAAAAGAUGAACUAUCGACUAAUGAUGUUGCAGUCCUGUUCUGGAGCAACUUGCCGCUCACCAGGAGUUUUUGACCCAGGAUACAAGUUUAAUCCUCGUCUGAUGUUCAGCAACCAUGGAACUCAGACACGCAGACUUUUUACACGUUCAUUGUAGCUGGUAACCUGUUGUGUUACCUUUGUUCAUUUCUUCAAAAAUGACUGCAGAAGACCUGCCUGGUUCACUCCGUAUCUGAAAGACUGGAUCAGCUGGCUUUAUAGAGAGAAAAUUACCUCCCCAGCUUGGUUGCCUUGUGCAAUAUAUGUGAACUACAUGCAUUAUCAUCAUGGUUUGUUCAAAUCUAAUUACUGCAUUAGUCUGAAAAAAAAUUAACCCCAACAUGAAUCCAAAAUUCCUUGCUUGGUGUAUGUGAAAGACUGAAGCUUAGCUAUUUAAAAGCUUACUACAUGGAGAUGCAGGCCUGAGGUAGAUUGGACAGGAUUAUGUUGGACCUACUAGGUAGGUAGAGGCUAUGGACUGCCUCCCUUAAUUACAGUCACCACUGGAUAAGCUUUUAAGAGGAAGCACUGAGCUUCUUGGUUGUGUUCAUAUACUGGAUCUUGUCUAAUUAAGUUAACUGGGGAGGUUACCAUACUUGUCAAGGCUCAGCUGUCUGCCUGUUACUCUUACAUGUUAGAUAUAUUCAGCUGUGAAACUUUCAUAUCAGUAUAACUAAACCACUAAAUGAGCACUUUUCCCAAAGAUCAAUGGCACAUUAGCACCCAUCACAUUUCUACUUCAUACAGGAAUAGAUGACUUAGGGAUAACCGCUUAAUUGGGAAACUUACAUUCUCAGAAGGAAACUAAAAUCCUAAUGUACCAGAAAAGUGGGUUCCAACACUGCUUCUCAGAAAGUGGCUUUGGAUUCAAAAGUUAAUUCUAAUCCUACUAUACUAGCCCUUAUGCCAGAGAAUUGUACAACUUGAUGCUUAGAUGAGAAGUAAUUUCUCCCUAUUCUUGAUUAUUACAUGCCUGUUUGUGAACUAUGUAUUAGUCCUUGUUGAGCAUUUAGAAGUAAUCAGUAUUUUAAAAUUUGCUACUUUUGUUUAAUAUAAAGAAGUCGAUCAUUUACUGCCUGCUAGAAAUUUGCUUGAAAACCAGACCAUUCAUUUUCUGAAAUGAGGACAUCUGUUUGACAUUUGUACCAUUCAAUCAGUUGUAGCUUUUACAGGUGGAAAGUUGUUUAUUGGGUAUACACAGGCUGGCUUGCUAUUUAAAAGCUAUGUUCUUAAACAGCUGGACACCCCAGAAUGCAUCUGUAACUCCGCUUUGUUGGUCAUAACUACUUAAGUUAAAAGCAAUACCUGCAAAGUUACUUUUGUACAACUCAACACAUGUUUAUGCCAGGUGAUCUAGAAAAGGAAUGCUAAGUGGCAUGGAGUGGCAAACAGUGGGCUUGAGGAAUGGUGUGAGAACGAGGCUUAUGCUUCAUUUGGUGGGAAAGAGUUAGCAAGUAGCUUCCUCUGGACUUGUGUUUUUCACAUCUGUUAAAUGUUCAGGUGCAUAUGACAGACCUCAGUUUAAAAAUGCCACCUCAGAAUGAAUAUGAAUACACAGUGAAAGGUGCCCCCUGUCAAAGCCACCUUGUGGCCUUUUUUACGUGAGCUUAUGAGAUCCAGAGAUUCUGAUGCAGAGGCACUUUGUGAUAAACUAUUUCUUCAUUCCUAAUCUUUCAUGCAUAAUGUUGAGGUGGAGUAGUGCCAUGAGAAAACUGUGCCACCAGGAAUGUUCAAAUGAACUCUCAGGACUGCUCCUCGGAAAAAUCAUACCUAGACCAAGAUACACAAAUACAAAUGAAGGAACAUUGUUGAAUCUGCUAUGAAGAGUUGCACAUGUGUUUCCAUGGCAGCUGUUCCAUUCAAAAUACUUGCAAGCAAAUCUUGCCUCUGGUUAUCUUGGAAUGUUUAUGUCCCCUUCACAUGAGAUGCAAUUAUCUUUUUGUACUUACAGUUGUCUAAAGUCUCAAUUGAGAAAAUGUAUUUGUAAACAUAUUUGCUAUUGCAGAAUUCCUAUGGUGAAAACACAGCUUCAGAAUUGGCGUUCCACAGAAGGCAUGAAAGAUUGAAAGGGAAAAUCAAAUCCUAAAUGUCUCUCAGGAGGAAAAAAAAUCCCUACUGGGUUAGGAACUAGUGUUAUUAUGGAAGCCUGCUCAUAAAUUUCAGUAGUUUUCUUUACUCUGUUCAGGGAGAUAAUUUCUGUGGGUAGAUGUGUAAAUGAGGGCCAAUCUAAAUGUUCCUUUAAGCAUACAUAGUGGAGCAAACUCAAGUUUGUAAGACAGAAGAUUAUUUUUGAAACAUCUUGUUUUGCUUUUCUACUACACUCUUUAAUGACUUUACCUUAAAAACCAACACACUAUCUCACUGUUUUAACUGUGCUAAGUUUUAACUAACCUAUCCACUUCUGCAUGAAAAAAAAAUUUCCUGUCAAUUUAGCACCUAAGGUUGUAUUCCUAUGCCCACCCAACAUGAGCUGCGAUUCUGAAAGCCGGUGUAGAAAAAACCUACUGGAUGGAUGCCAUCUCUGACAUUGCAAAUGCACCUCUAAAGGGCAGAGACUGGGACCAAGGGCUUCUCCCAGUUCCAGCUGGUGUGCUAGCCUCUUUCUCUGCCCAGCUGAAAAUGGCUGUUGAGAUAAAAACCGGGCUGCUAGGUGCUGUGGUGGCAGUCAUCAAUGCUGUGCCUUGUUUGUGGCAUAGGAUUUGCAUGAGCCUCUGAGUGUAGAGGUUUGCCUGCAACAAGGGUGCAAGGGUUGGAUUGUGCCUUGAUGCUUUUUAAGAACUGAGGUUGUUUCCAAAGAAAUAGCACGAGGAAAAACACAGACUUUGAAGAAGAUGGCAGACCACUGGAAACCCACUUCUAUUACAUCCUUGUUGCUAAAUAUUUACUAUGCAGCAAGCUCUGACAGGUCAUUUUGCAAAGAUGACAGUUACAAGGUCAUAUCCUAUAUGUUCCACUAGAUAAGAAGUUUGAUUUUGGUGGCCAUCUGCUUGCACUUUACAAUAAAGUUGCUAUUCGGUUGGAUACCAACAGAGGCCUUAUAAGUCUUAAAGUGCGACUGUAACUUAUUCAUACAUUAAGACCUGAUUGGCAGUGAUAUGGCAGCAAACCAUGCACUGGGGGCUUAAUCUGCCUAUCUAACUGGUUAUGCACACAGCUGCUUCCUAUACGGAACAUAGCUGUCAUGUAGCAGUACUGAGCUGAUUUCAGUUCUGAAUUAAGAUUUUACGUAACUCAUCUCCUGUGCAAAGAAAACAUUUUGUAGAAACAAAUGCAUAUGGAUUGAUAAGUUUUAGUAUCUGAACUGGAACCUGAUUUUAGGAUUUGGUGUUGUUUCCCCACACUGUGCUAAUAUCAGAUGUUGAUUUCUUGAAAAAGAAACCCUCUUGAUUGAGCCAAAUUCUUUAAAAGGCGAAUUACCCCAGAGGUCUAUGUGAUGAGCUACAUAUGUAUAGAUAGCUAUUGCACUGAUUUGAUCUAAGGUUUUCUAGUGUUUGCAGUAGACAGCCUUGAUACUUAGUUUCCUUCCCCCAUAUACCAAUAGGUACAAAAAAACCCUAGUAUUAUUAUAUUGGUAAUGCUGCUUGAAGCCAUGACACUGGCUAUUCUGUUUUAAGAGUAACUAGAUUUCUGUAUUUAAUCCUGAUGUAUACCUUAAUGCAGUAUGACAAUUGUGUACAUUUUCCUACUCAUAAACCAGUGUUUAGAAAGUGCCCUUUGAAGGACCCUGUAUAUUGCUGCACUUUUCAGUAAUUAAAUUUCUGUCUUCAAUGAAUUGUUUGAGAAAUAAAAUGGCAUACUUUAGCUUAUGAAACCUACAGCUAUGAGUAAGAUAGUAACAUUUAGUCUAGUGGAUGGCCAGCUCUUUUCACACAAGGGUGGAGCAGAUGUAGGGAGUGGUGGAAAUUAUGUAUUGAUUUCAUUUGUGCCUACCUUCCUACCAACAAUGGGCAGUGAAGGUAGCAGUUUUUCAGCUGACUUUUUAAAAAUACAACUUGGCAGCAGGUGAGAGAAUACUCUGAUAUGCGUUCCUUGGCCAAGGCAUGCAAUGCUCCGAUGUAGCUCUGAGUGCAUGAUUCCGGCCUUGGGCUCAGAGUGCCAUAGUGGGGUUCCAGGCAUUACUUUUAUGAAAUAAAAAUUAAGUUAAACCACUGAAA